AAGCACCUGAAUAAAGGGGAAGUAAAGAGACGCUUGCCGGGACAGCGAAUCAUCUGACUCGCACAGGGCUACGGAGCGUUGGACUGGAAGGAAGACUCGGAAAAGGUGGGAUAGAGGCUCACCACACACCCGUCCCGGAAGAAACGCAGGCGCCGAUGAAGACCGCGGAUUGGCUCGUGCGGAAAAACUGCCCUAUUCUCGGAUCCAAUGCUAUCGUGUCAAGGGGGUCAGGCCAGGGUCUCAUUGGUGGGUGAGCCGCUUGGCGCGCGCCUUUCGUCCUUCCCGCGGGAGGCUUUCUAUCCCCGUUAUCUGUGCGCCAUGGAGCACGGGCCCGUUGCGCGUUUCGGACCUCGACUGGGUAUCACGGACCCAGCUGUCCUGAGGAAAGCUGAAGAGUAUCUGCGUCUUUCCCAAGUAAAGUGCACUGGAUUGUCUGCUCAUACAACAGAAACAAGUAAUGCAAUCAUGUGUCUGGACCUUGCUGCCACCGAUAUGAAAUGGCCUUUAGACAGAACUUACUUAGUAAAACUUUCUGGUUUGAACAAGAAGAUGUAUCAAAGCUGUCUUAAGUCUUUUGAGUGUUUGCUGGGCCUGAAUUCAAAUCUUGGAAUAAAAGACUUAGCUGUACAGUUUAACUGCGUGGAAGCAGUAAACAUAGCUUCACAGAUACUGCAGAGGUAUGAAGCCAGCCUUCCCCAGAUACAGAAAGUAGAUCUAGAUUUGUCCAAGCCUCUUUUCACAACAGCUGCACUAUUUUCAGCAUGCAGGGUCCUAAAGAUAAAAGUGAAUAAAGACAAAAUAGUGGCCACAUCUGGUGUAAAGAAAACUGUUUUUGAUCGACUCUGUAAACAAUUGGAAAAGUUUGAACAGCAAGUUAAGGGAGAAUCUAGCAGUUCAGCUUCUCCACCAGCCAAAAGACAGAAGAUUAUAAUUGAACAGUCCAAGAAAGAUGAAGAAAAAGAAGAUGAAGCAGAGUCUCCACGUAAGCCGCAGCAAAGUGAAGAUUUAAAACAAGAUUAUGAAGAGUGGAAAAGGAAAAUCUUAGAAAAUGCUACAAAAGCACAAAAGAAGUAAUUUCAGUUUCCAGAUAACACCUGCCACCAAACAUGAUUCUUUCUUCCCCAGUGAGCUUUUGCUCUUGAGCAAGAAUUCUAAAAACACUGCCUUAAUACACUUGGGAUUGUUUUUCCUAGGCAGUACCAAACAUGUGAUGCCAAGAAAAACCCUUUCAACUCCAUUCUGAGUUUCCAUAUUUUGGAGAGGUUAUUUAAAAGAAGGUAGGUAGCACAAAAGUCACAUUUAAGGCUGUGGGAGCUAGCUCCUGAAUUGGAAAUAAACUUGACACAGUUAAUUUUGUUAUUUGUCCAUUUGCCCAUGAAGUAUGUGCGCUCUCUUUUAAAGGAGUCUAAGGAAACUUAGUAUUUAGAUAAUAUAUUAAGUUCCCGUUUUAAAGCUAUACAAAUAGGUUUUCAUACUAUUUGAUGCUUUUGAUUGUUUUUGCAGUUUUUAGAAUCAUAGAAUCUUUUAGUUUAAAUGAAAUACUGAGACUUUUAAGAUAAUAAAUUUUAUUUCUGUGUCCA